AUGAGCAGCAAACCAACAUCAACAGCACCGGCGCUCUACGUCGACGAAGACUGCAACUUCUCAGUCAUCCGCAACCUCCCCAUACCCGACCCCGUAGACGGCGAGGUUCUAGUCAAGGUGCUCUACUCAGGCGUGAACCCCGCCGACGUUAAACACGCACCACACAUUGGCAUCCGCUCAGUCACCCUCGGCUACGACUUUUGCGGCCGCGUCGUUCGGGCCGCCGGCGAGAAUGCAUCGUCCGCCUUCAAGCCUGACGACCUGGUGGCCGGCUACGUACCCACGGGUAUGGGCAAACCGAUGAGACACGGCGCGCACCAGGAGUACCUAAGCUGUCCGAUCGACAUGCUCUUCAAGGUCCCUGAUAACCUGCCCCAGACACACGCCGCGAGUCUCACGGUGGUGCUGACCACGGCCGCCGACGGGCUGUACAAUAUUUUCGGCUAUCCUCUGCCAGAGGAAAAGGCAAAGGAAGGGUUCAAGGCUGGUCCGCUGCUUAUUUGGGGCGCAUCAGCCAGCGUCGGAAUCUGCAUGCUGCAGUUAGCGCGGGAGAGCGGCGCGAGCCCCAUUUUCGUCACCGCGUCGCCGGGGAGGCACGAGAUGCUCACCGAGAUGGGGGCUACGCGCUGCUUCGACUACAACGCCCCAAACGUGAUUUCCCAGAUCAAGAAGGCGGCAGAGGAGGCUGGAGCGGGGCCGAUCCGGUACGCUGCCGAUUGUGCGGGUUCCAAGGGUGAGGUCAACUCGGCGGCACAGACGGAGGCUUGUGUCGAUGAGGACGCCAUUGUUCUGUCCGUCGUGGCGAAGCCGGAUGGGAGGAUCAAGAUGCCGCUGGCGUCAGCGAACACGGAGAUUACGUUACAGCUGGGCGGUGGUCCUGUCGUCACGAUACCGGCGCGGCUGGAGGAUUGGGGGAGGAUGUGGAGGGCGUUGAUGUGGUCUGUUGAGAAUUACGGCACAAAGUUCUCGAUUCCCGUGGUGGAUGUGUUCAAGGGGAGUGCGGAGGAAGCGCUGAAGGAGGUGAAGAAGGUUGCUGACCAGGGCAAGUUUGGGAAGCUUGUGCUAGAGCAUCCUUUGCUUUGA